AUGCCGCUGCUCCCGCAGCUGCUGGAGCCGCUCUCACCAAUGUCUCCGCUCUCAGUGUCUCCGCCGCUGUCUCCCGAGCUUCCGCUGUCUCCCUUGUCUCCCCUGAGCUCGCCCAGGUCACCGCCCUCCGCUCGCCGGGAGAAAAUGCCAGAGGGAGACUUUUAUCUCGGACCGCCCGAACCGAUCACCACGUGCAACCCCCGAUCGAGUCACCACCGCACACGUCUCACCACUGAUAGGCUGAGCGACUCCGACUCUGACUCCGACUCCGACUCCGCCGACGGCCAGACCACGCGCUGGGCUCGGGCUCGGAGACGGGGUACGCACAGGGACCGGCUCGACUCGGCCAGCACGGCGAGCGGGGACAGCUCGGCUGCUCCGAGAGCCGAGCGGCAGCGGCGCGGCGCUGCCCGACCGGCCCGAGCCGCGGUCGGCUCGUGCCCGAGCGGCGCCGCCUGGCCGGCCGAGCGGCGGCCCAGCGACGCGGCCACCCCCGCCGAUCGAUUCGACCGGCAGCGCUCGAGUGGCGGUCGAUGUGCCGAGUGCUCCGCCGGCGGAUGCUCCCAGCAGCCGCCGGCCCGUCCUCCGGCGGCCGACAGCCGGCACUCGGCACCCGACCGUCACCCAAACACCAGUGGCCCCAGGUCACCCCAGACCCAGCCGCGGCCGGGCCGUCCCGAUCGGCCGGGCAGCGGCCGGGGGACCGACGAGCCGCCAGCCGACCUGGCGACCACCUGUGGCCGCCCGGAGCCCACCGACGCCGCCAACGCCGACGGCCGGCGCGGCUCGCCCGACGGCCGGCCCGGCUCGCCCAACGGGAGAGCAGGCUCGCCCGGCGAGCCGGCGCCGCGCGACCUCACCAUCUUCACCUCGGAGUACCUGUCGGAGCUGCUGCAGCUCCAGCGCCGGAUCAUGACGUCACGAGACAGCGAGGAGAUGACGCGCGUGCUGGAGCUGCUCUGGGGAACAGGACAGGUGCAGGACUCGGCCCUCUACUACGAUUUCGACCUGUGCGCACUGGACCAAGGAGUGGUUCGCCAGCUACAGAAAUGCCUCAGCUAG